CAGCAUUUACCCUGUUAAACUUAAGAGAGGAAUUAUGCAGCUGUCUGGGGUCACCUUGGGAAAGGGUAGGGUGAGUGGCAAGCCGUAAUGAUGUGACCUAGUAGGUCCUUCCUACCUCCCCAACCCCUAGUAAAGCUCCCCACCCACUGGAUACCUGGAAUUCCACCCAGGUGACUUGCUAUUCUGGAAUGAGAAUGCUUUUCCUCCUCCCUAGCCUGCUUUCAAACUGUAAUUGACCCUAAAAUCUCUAUACAUGAAACCAUAAUCUUUAGUAUGAAUGUGUUUAUAAAUACACAUUUUUCCCCUCACUGUGGUUGUCAUUAGGUUAAUACCAGCAGCUGAGGGGGCCUCCGGAAUGUGGGAGGGUGGAGUGGGUGAAAGGUUCCUGAUGGGAGUAGGGAGACCUGGAUUCAGAUCUUGAUCAUGUGGUUUGAAGCCAGUGUUUAGGCAUCUUCCAUAUGCUUCUCUGGGAAUGUGGGGAAAUGAUGUCUAUUUUACAGUUAUCAUGUAGAUUUAAGGAGAUAGUAUGCAGAAAAGCAUCAUACAACAAAUUAGAUUCCUUCCUAUAAAUUUAUCUCAGAGGGGUUAACCACAUGCAGGACCGUCAAAAAAUCUAUAAAAGAGUUACAACAAGGCAAAGCUUGAGCUAAAGUGUGGAGGAAUUAGUGAAUUUCCCUGUGCACAUGAUAAUUCACAUGAGAUAGCAAGAUGUUUUCAAAUAUAGCCACCAUACAAUGACUGUUUUUUGUUUUUUCUGUGCAGUGACAAAUGAGAUCCUCUGUUGGGCUUUAUGUCUAAAGCUUGAAUUUCAAGCAGUUUCCUCACUUGAGAUCAGGAGUUCAAGACCAGCCUGGCCAACACGGUGAAACCCCAUCUCUACUAAAAAUAUAAAAUUAUCCAGUCAUGGUGGUGGGCACCUGUAAUCCCAGCUACUUGGGAGGCUGAAGCAGGAGAAUCGCUUGAGCCAGGAGGCGCAGGUUGCAGUGGGCUGAGAUCAUGCCACUGCACUUCAGCCUGGGCAACAGAGCAAGACUCCAUCUCAAAAAAAAAUCAGGUUUUCAUCGCAUCAAAGAUGCUAGAAAGAAUAAGCAUCACUUAAUUUUCUCUUUGUUUCCAUUUAAUCAGCCAUGGAUUGUUACAGAACCUCAGCAAGCAAUUCCUGGAUUUACCCCACUGUGAUCCUCUGCAUAUUUGGUUUUUUCUCCAUGAUGAGACCCUCAGAACCAUUCCUUAUCCCAUAUUUAUCUGGACCAGAUAAAAACCUGACCAGUGCAGAGAUGACAAAUGAGAUCUUCCCCGUUUGGACGUACUCCUACCUGGUGCUGCUGCUGCCUGUGUUUGUCCUCACUGAUUACGUCCGCUACAAGCCGGUCAUCAUCUUGCAAGGUGUCAGUUUCAUCAUUACCUGGCUGCUGCUCUUGUUUGGCCAAGGAGUGAAGACCAUGCAGGUUGUAGAGUUCUUCUACGGGAUGGUGACCGCCACCGAGGUGGCCUACUACGCCUACAUAUACAGCGUGGUCAGCCCCGAGCACUACCAGAGAGUGAGCGGCUACUGCAGGAGCAUCACGCUGGCCGCCUACACAGCAGGGUCCGUGCUGGCCCAACUCUUAGUAUCCCUGGCGAACCUGUCAUACUUUUACCUCCACGUCAUAUCCUUGGCCUCUGUCUCCGUAGCCUUCCUUUUCUCACUUUUCCUACCAAUGCCCAAGAAAAGCAUGUUUUUUCAUGCAAAACCCAGCAGAGAAAUAAAGAAGUCAUCAAGUGUGAAUCCAGUAUUAGAGGAAACUCACGAAGGUGAAGCACCAGACUCUGAAAAGCAGAAACCCACAUCAGAAAUACCCAGCACUUCAGGGAAGCUGAAUAAGGGCCAGCUGAACAACCUGAAACCCAGGAAUGUGACUGUGGAAGUUUUUGUGCAGUGGUUCCAAGAUCUGAAGGAGUGCUACUCCUCAAAACGUCUUUUCUACUGGUCUCUCUGGUGGGCUUUUGCCACAGCAGGUUUUAACCAGAUUUUGAACUAUGUUCAAAUCCUGUGGGAUUACAAGGCACCUUCCCAAGAUUCUUCCAUCUAUAAUGGGGCCGUAGAAGCUACUGCGACCUUUGGAGGGGCUGUGGCUGCCUUUGCAGUGGGUUAUGUGAAAGUCAACUGGGACCUACUGGGAGAGCUGGCUCUGGCGGUCUUCUCAGUUGUCAAUGCAGGUUCUCUAUUUCUCAUGCAUUACACAGCCAACAUCUGGGCGUGCUAUGCUGGCUAUUUGAUAUUCAAGUCCAGCUAUAUGCUUCUUAUAACCAUUGCAGUAUUUCAGAUUGCAGUUAAUCUGAGUGUGGAACGCUAUGCCCUGAUAUUUGGAAUCAACACCUUUAUUGCCUUGGUGAUUCAGACCAUCAUAACUGUGAUUGUAGUAGAUCAGAGAGGGCUCAACUUGCCAAUCAGCAUUCAGUUUUUAGUUUAUGGGAGCUAUUUUGCAGUAAUUGCUGGAAUUUUCCUAAUGAGAAGCAUGUAUAUUAUCUACUCAACCAAAUCCCAGAAGGAUGUACAGAGCCCUGCUCCAAGCGAGAAUCCAGAUAUGUCUCACCCAGAGGAAGAGAGUAAUGUCAUCACGUCAACAAAACUCUAACCUCAUUGCAACAACUGCAGCAGUGGCUUUUAAAGCUAUGCAAUAAUAAGGAAGGAUUUUGAGAUGGGUGGCGUAUGUUUUGCCAUAACUUGACAUGCUUUUUGAAAUCGGGAUUCCAAUGGACCUUUCAAAACCACAACGAAACCUCAGCUUUAGACGAGUUCUCUAUCUGCCCAAUUUUACUGGAUGCAAUUGACAGAACCCAUCGUCGUAAUUAAACAACCCAUAUUGGAGACCCCCCUGUGACCAGUAGCAGCUGGAAAAUUCUGGUUUUUCCCACUUGUACAGACACGCAGAUGGUGUGGAACUAAACCAUGAGAAAACUCCAGCCAUCCUGGAGUUGGUAAUCACCAUUUGUGGGGAGAAAUACUAACUGGACAGACCCUAUUGCUUGGCUUAAAUACUUGUUUGAUCUUACCAAAGAAGUCAACGCAUGGGACCCUUUUGUCACACGAGCCAUUUUCUUUCUUCUUCUAAUAAGUAUAUUUCUGUUUAAGUUACAGUUCUCCAAGAGAAUUACAAGGUUUAUCCCAUUUCUAAGGGCUUGUCUUCAACUCUGAUAACAGCAUUAUUCACAAGUUAUGAUUUGAUAGUAUUAUUAUUUAAUUUUUUAUGAUUAUUUUCCAUGUUGUGCUCUGAGUUUUGCUGUUGAAAGUCUACCUCAAGAAUAGCUCCAGACCCUCUUGUGUAUUUGCAGAGUGACACUCAGGUCAUUUCCCAGUGGCCUGGGAGAGGCAGGGAGCCUUCUCUCCACCACCAUAUAGAGGUGUUAAUGCAUCUAUGGGCCAGGUGCAGUGGCUCACUCCUGUAAUCCCAGCAAUUUGGGAGGCCAAGGUGGGAGUUUUGCUUGAGGCCAGAGGUUCAAGACCAGCCUGGGCAACACAGUGAGACCUGACUCUACUAAAAAAUUUAAAAAUUAGCUGGGCAUCAUGGUGUGUGCCUGUAGUCUCAGCUACUUGGGAGGUCAUCGGGGGAGGAUGGGUUGAGCACAGGAGUCAGAGGCCGCAGUGAGCUAUAAUUGCACCACUGCACUCCAGCCUAGGCAACAGAGUAAGACUCUCAUC